UAAUUUUUUGGAGCUCCAGAAGCUUCUUGGGCCACGAACAGCACAAGUACAGCCUUCUCCUGCGCGACGACACACGAAACUCAAACAUCCCGCCGAGCGAAUCUCCCACUGCUGUACUCGUCGUUCAAGAAAAAAUAUCCAAAAUGUCGUUCGGAGGCCAGACCCCGACCAUCAUUGUCCUGAAGGAAGGAACCGAUACCUCCCAGGGCAAGGGUCAGAUCGUCUCCAACAUCAAUGCAUGCUUGGCAGUCCAAGCCACGAUCAAGUCCACCCUUGGUCCUUAUGGCGGCGAUCUCUUGAUGGUCGAUGCCAACGGCAGGCAAACCAUCACCAACGACGGUGCCACCGUUAUGAAGCUCCUCGACAUCGUUCACCCCGCAGCCCGAAUUCUUGUCGAUAUCGCGAGAUCACAAGACGCUGAGGUCGGCGACGGCACAACGUCCGUUGUCGUUCUGGCCGGAGAGAUCCUGAAGGAGAUUAAGGAGCACGUAGAGCAGGGCGUCAGCUCUCAGGUCAUCAUCAAGGGCCUGCGGAGGGCAUCGAUGAUGGCUGUCAACAAGAUCAAGGAGAUUGCUAUCGACACCAACGAGAGCAACAGGAGAGAGACCCUCAGUAAGCUUGCCGGCACAGCCAUGACGAGCAAGCUGAUCAAGCGCAACACGGAGUUCUUCACAAAGAUGGUCGUGGACGCCGUCUUGUCCUUGGACCAGGACGACCUGAACGAGAAGUUGAUCGGCGUCAAGAAGAUCCCCGGUGGUUCCCUCACCGAGUCGCUAUUCGUCAACGGUGUCGCAUUCAAGAAGACCUUCUCCUACGCUGGAUUCGAGCAACAACCCAAGUCUUUCGAGAAGCCCAAGAUCGUCUGCUUGAACGUCGAGUUGGAGCUCAAGGCCGAGAAGGACAACGCCGAGGUCCGCGUCGAGCAGGUGUCGGACUACCAGGCCGUUGUCGAUGCGGAAUGGCAGAUUAUUUACAAGAAGUUGGAGGCGAUCCACAACACGGGCGCCAAGGUCGUGCUCAGCAAGUUGCCCAUCGGUGAUCUGGCUACGCAGUACUUCGCCGACCGCGACAUUUUCUGCGCUGGCCGCGUUGCCUCCGAGGACAUGGAGCGCGUGGUCCAAGCUACCGGCGCGACUGUCCAGUCAACAUGCUCAGAUAUCCUGGCGGAGCACCUGGGCACCUGCGGCAGCUUCGACGAGCGCCAGAUCGGUGGCGAGCGCUUCAACUUCUUCGAGGGCUGCUCCGAGGCCAAGACCUGCACACUCGUCCUCCGCGGUGGUGCCGAGCAAUUCAUCGCCGAGGUCGAGCGCUCGUUGCACGACGCCAUCAUGAUCGUCAAGCGGGCCAUCAAGAACCACACCAUCGUUGGCGGUGGCGGUGCCGCCGAGAUGGAGGUCUCCGCCUACCUCCACCAGUUCGCCGACAAGAACAUCCCUCACAAGCAGCAGGCUAUCAUCAAGAGCUUCGCUAAGGCCCUCGAAAUCAUCCCGCGCCAGCUCUGCGACAACGCCGGCUUUGACGCGACUGACAUCCUCAACAAGCUGCGCGUGGAGCACCGGAAGGGCAGCACCUGGGCCGGUGUCGACUUUACCAACGAGGGCGUCGCCGACAUGAUGGAGCGCUUCGUCUGGGAGCCGGCGCUGGUUAAGAUUAACGCAAUCCAGGCCGCGACUGAGGCCAGUUGCCUCAUCCUCGGCGUCGACGAGACGAUCCGCAACGAGGAGAGCCAGCAGCCCCAGGCCCCUGGCCAGCAGCUUCCUCCCGGCGCCGCCCAGCGCGCUCUGAGAGGCAGAGGACGGGGCAUGCCUCGUCGGUAAAAAGAUGGUCAUGACGGGGAAAUGAAUGAACAAAAAGGGAAUCAAAAAUAAAGGAAUCGAUGAAUGGCGUCUGUAUGAUACCUAGAACUGGUUCCCCCACAGGGGGGUUUUUGGCUUUCAGAAGUCCGAAUAGACAGUGUCAUUUGUCGCUUGUCACGAAGGGCCUAUUCCCUGAUGCACAUCAUUCUUUCUGCUGUGUCUUGACAUGUUUCCCUAUU